GGGUGACCUAAAUAGCAUAAAGUAACAUUGAAACAAAGACAGUGUUAUGAGUGUAGUAAAGGAGGCGUGUCUGCUGGUGGGUAGCUUGCAGGCUCACUGCCGGUGUGGUGUGGAGGACUGGUGGUGGAGAAUGGGAGAGAGAGAGCUGCUCUGCAGAGGGAGGGAGGAAGAGGAGAGGAGGAGGAACUACUGGAGGAAAAAAAAAGUUAAAGUAAAAAUGGCUUCCUUGUCUUUGGAGUCUACAGAACAAUCCGAGAACAGCCCAGAGGAGCCCACGGCACCGGAGUCCAAAGAAGAGGACGAUCCGGUGCAGAUUUCCGAACAACUACUCCAAAGUUUCCAAAAGUCUGCUUUGAGUUUCUCCACUGACCAAGUCUCAUGUCUGUGCGAGGCCCUUCUGCAGGCGGGCAAUGUGGAUCGCCUGUGGAGAUUUCUCUCCACCAUACCUCCUUCAUCCGAGCUGCUACGUGGCAACGAGACCCUGCUGAAGGCCCAGGCUCUGGUGGCUUUCCACCGGGACGAGUACAAGCAGCUGUACGCCAUCCUGGAGAGCUACGACUUCCACCCGUCCAACCACGGCUUCCUGCAGGACCUGUACCUGAAAGCCCGCUACAAGGAGGCGGAGAGGUCCCGGGGCCGCAGCCUGGGAGCUGUGGACAAGUACCGGCUCAGGAAGAAGUUCCCUCUGCCCAAGACCAUCUGGGACGGAGAGGAGACCGUGUACUGCUUCAAGGAGAAGUCCAGAAACGCCCUGAAGGAGUGCUACAAGAGCAACAGGUACCCGACUCCGGACGAGAAGAAGAACCUGGCCAAAGUCACCGGACUGUCCCUCACACAGGUCAGCAACUGGUUCAAGAACCGCAGGCAGAGGGACAGGACUCCGUCCGGGACACACAGCAAGAGUGAGUCUGAUGGGAACCACAGCACCGACGACGAGGCGAGCCCCAUGGACGACAGCCCCGACAAACCAGAGGAGGCUGUCGGUUCCACAGCUUCCAUCAUCUCUCUCUCUGCCGUCCCCUGUGGCACGGGAGGCCAGCUCAUCCUCAACGGCUCCGGUGGCUUCCUCACAGCCUCCCAGUCGUUACUAUUUAAUGGGAAUUCCCUGAUCUCCGGUACUGGUGCUGGUGUCAUCAUUAAUGGGCUCAGCUUGGGCGAUUGCCAGACAGUCACGCUGAGUCCUGUUACAACCAACUCUCCUUUGAUACUGAACGGAGCUCAAGUCAUAACCAAACCUAGUAUCAGUGUGCAGCAGCAAGCAGUUUCUAUGUCACAGCAGGAUGUUUUGGCCAUGGAGGCAAGGCCGAGCAGUCUUCCAGCUGUUGUUCUUAGCACUAACGCCACACAAGUCUCAAGCCAUCCAUCCAUCAUCUCUCUCCCUCUGCAAAGCAAAACAGAAAGCGGCAAUGCAAUGGAUUUCAUCAGUGUCUGUGAAUCAGAGGGCAGCAGCCAGACAGUAUCUUCCUCUUCUUCAUCUUUAUCCCCUUCCUCGCCAACUCUGUCCUCCCCAACCAGGCUCUCCUCACUCGUCUUAACACAAAACCCCCAACGCCUGGAGUCUCUCACCCUCCCGGCCUCUAUGUCGUCUGCAGGCAUGGUAAUCUCCAGUACUGCCAUGCCUCUCUCCGGUCAGCAAGGGGAGUAUGUUGUCUUUGCCACUUCUGGCUCCCACUUAAACCCUUCCAGCUCUGUGGUUUCCUCCACCAACUCCACCCCUCAGGUCUUCUCUCUGCCGCAGGUUGUGCCUUCCAUCCAGGGUAUACCAGUAUCCCAGCUAGUCCAGCACUCUUCAGGAGCCCAGGUGUCCCAGUGCCCUCAGUUGGUCCCAGUAUCCCCCCUCACCUCAUCAGCUCCUCAGUUCCAAAACCAGACAGUGAACACAAGCAACAGACUGGUGCAACAGCAGCAGGAUGCUUCAACAACUUUGCCUGAAGGUGCUACGACCAUCGUUUCUAUCUCACAGCUGACCAACAAUCACCUCCCACAGCGAACGGUACACCAGCUGGGGGACCAAAGCACAAACUCCAUACACAGCAAAAUCCAGGUGCCGCAGGUUAUUUCCAUCUCUUCCCCGACACAAGUAGUCCCGGUCCCCCAGGUCAAAGGCACCACAUCAACACAGUUAGUCCCUCUCUCUAUGCCUCAGCUGGUCCCCGUCUCCCCCAUCCAAACUACUUCCUCCAUCUCUUUCCCUCAAGUGGUACCUGCCAGUCCGUCUCUUUCCAUCCCGUCUGCUGGAGUGCCCUUACAGAUCCUGACUUCAGGUCCUGCAGGGGUGGCACAGGGUCCUCUCAGGAUAAACCAGCUGAGGCCCAUUCAGAGUGUCGGUCCCCCAACCAGCAUGGCCCCCGGUGUGCAGCUCCUCAACUCUGGGAUCAUUCAGCUGCCCUCUGCUCCUCCAGGUAACCUUCUCCUCGGUGGAAGCCCCUACCUGAGUGUCCAGCAAGGCAAGCUGAUUCUGACCAUCCCAGCAGGCAUUCAACUCACCAGUUUGCCGCUGAAACCAGCCCCCGAGCCUUCACCCAUCUCUGCUAAUGGACUGAGUUCCCUUCUCACCCACUCCAGCCUUCCUGUAAUCUCAACCACCUCAGGCCUGACACCCAGUGGCCUCGUCUCCACAUCUCCACUAAACUUCAUCAACUCGUCUCCACCAUACUGUGCUCCGGAGACAGGGACACCUGCCGUCCCCUCCUCUCAUGUUCUGGACCAUUCGGUCACCGCUACAACGCCAAACACUCUCACUCCAGAAAGCAUGCUUACCCUCAGUCCCAUGUACAGUGGGGUGACACCCAGCAGCCAUUUGUCCCAACCAGCCUGGAGCCCUGUGCCCCUCUCCACUUCAGCUAGUCUAACUCUGUUUGAUGUCCGCGGCAAGGGGGACCUACCUGUAGACCCGGCUUUGUUAGGCCUACCUGGUGGAGAGUCGCUGCUUCUGGGAAGCCCCUCGCCGGAGCAGGAUGUGGACGCCAGCUCGGUACUGGGGAAUCCAGAGGAGAUGGACGGGGACUCCAAGAUUCUUACUCAGCUCCAGUCGGUCCCUGUGGAUGAUGACCUGGGCUUGUAGUCCGUUUACCUUGCUGGUCGGCAACCUAGUGUCUCUAAAAACAAAAACGAUGAAACACACAGUACGUUGCAGACUCCGCAUUAUUCAACAUUGUCAAUCCUCUAAGAGCCAAAUAUUUUUUUUUUUU